CAAUCUCAGAUACCGAGAUUAUGCUGGUAAUGAUGGAAAAAUUCCGAUUCCUCGGGGAAUGCCUACGGACCCUACACCUUUCAUCGUGUCAUCAAGUAAAUUCAUUAAGGCUAUUUCACAACCAUGCCCAUCCCGUAUGAUCAGUUUCGGCAAGUCCCUACCGAGUACCUCAGCGUCCUACAGUAGUAAUCACAUGUCUUCUCUCGCAUGCAUAUAUAGGCCCUCCUUGUACGUGAUGAAGCGCUCUUCUCAAGUUGGAUUAUCCAAUAUCACCACGAUUGGCUGAGCGAGUCAUCACCCUUGCACUUGAGGCUUACCCCUCUGAGGAAGAGAAAGUCUAUCAUAAUCACGUUGGCAGAGAUGGAACGCAUGCGUUCUUUCUCAGAACCUCUUCCUGCAGAGUAUUGCAAUCCGACUCUUCUCAAGCAUGAUUCUCUCAGGCUCCAUGGUGACUUGAACCAGGAAUAUCCACCCUCUUGUCCUUCAGACAAAACUGGCGAUGGCGAUAGCGAUGUCAAUUAUCGCAAUCAUCUCUCAUUGACGAAGAUCCAAAUGGACGUGGCCACAGAAUUACCCAGUGAAAUCCAAGAGUAUAUAGACAAGAAGGUGUACUCCAAGUUGAAGAAACGCGACGCCCAACUAGAGCGUGUACAUAACCAGAUGUGGGACGAUUCGAAAAAUUGUGAACUUGAUUCACGAGGAGAAGACGACUGGAGGGGUGUUUUGAGCAAAGCAAUUGGUGCAUUCAAGGGAGAGAUGAUUUCAAUUUCGAACGAUCGGGACUGGCGGACGGACUUGCAACCGGCUGAUUACCAGUUCAAGUUGAACGACCCACGACCAGAUAUUAGUGUCGGCUUGUGCGCAUGCCCCAUUGAAGAGGCAUUGAAACCUGGAAUGGGUAGCGCAGCUACGGGUCUUCUUACGAGGUUGCAAGCCGAUGCUGAACUGAUUAGUGGUCCGUAUCCCAGUUGCUUGAAUCUACAUUUUCCAUUCUUGAUAGCGCAAACAAAGUCGGGUGCCACUGGUGGAAAUCUCUUCCAAGCUCAGAACCAAGCUGCAGUCGGAGGCUGUGUUGCACUUCGAAUCUUGAGGAACCUUUCAGAGUAUCACGCCCGCAUAUCAGUAUCCAACAAUGUGCCAGAUCAAUGUGACCAGCUCAUGUCAAUUCCAGUGUUUUCCAUUACUACAGAGGGUCCAACUAUCGAACUGUGGGCGCACUUUCAGGAAGAAAAUGGCUCCAGUUUCAAGAUGGUACGUCUGAAUGUGUGGUGCAUGUCGUUGAAGAACCAUUGUCUGGAGGCCCUAAUCCACAUCUCAGCCAUACUGAAAUGGGGCAGUGCGGAUUUGAAGGGUACGAUCAUCGAGGCAUUCUCCUCCUAGUGAUUUUCUGCUUUUACCAGAUCAUCAGGAAAGGGGUCAAGAAGGGUGCAGAUAACAAAGCGUCUGCCAAAGCGGAUGAUUUUAUCCACUUUCUGUUUUAUGUCUUCUAUCCUACUCAGAUUGUUCUUCC